AUGGACUUCCUCUCCACUCUCAUUCUUAUUCCCAAAUCUAUCUUGGUUAGUAGUUUCGGCCGAUGCGAGGCUGUACACGAGCAAAAAGGCAGAGAGAAGCUCUGUCUCAUCUCGAAGGUGAGCGGCGAUGACGAUGAUCGUCUUCAGCCAGUCAUUUCCAUGGCCCUAGUAUUGAGAGCCUCUACGCGGACACCGUUGGGCAGCGCAUUGUGCAAACUGUCGGCGGCCGCUAGAAGAAUGGGUGCUUUCCUCCCCCAUAUUUCCGAGAGCAAGAAGCGGAGGCAAAACGCAUUCACAAGGAAGCGAGGUCCAAAUGUGUCAAUUGUGGACACGAAAUUACGGCGAGGUCCUUGGCAGCACAACCUGAAGAGGGUCAUGAAAAAAGUCCGCUGUUAUUAUUGCAAUGAAAUGGGACACAUAAAAGCCAAUUGUCAUAGCUAUCAUCGGGAUUUGUUCGCUCUAGACCGGGGUCGUUCUAUCGCGCAAGAGCUUCGCGCUCGCAACCGCCGUUGGCGAGAGCAGCAGCAGCAACAACAGCAGCAGGACAUCGCUGCCCCUUGCCGGGGAUAUGAACGCUAUGUUGCGUGA